AACUACUGCCAGUAAUCAUUCCACAUAAGCACAACGUUUCAGAGUAUGUUAAUGUGGAAAAGUAGGGUGAUAUUUACGUGCAAAAUUAAGAGACGAUGGGAUAUUCCUAGAUAUCUUGAUUCAACUGGAGAUCAUCAUAACUUGCCAAGCCACGCCAAUAUGAGAUAUAAUCUUCCAAAGAUAUAAUAUAUUUGAGUGACGUAGGGUAGUACAAGCAUAGACUCGAUGUUUUGAUAGGGUUGGGAUAAUCAAAGACUUACGACGGCACAGUAUAUUGACGUGGGAUAUAGGCUGACGGGAGUUUUUCCAGGGUUGCAUAUGUCGCCGAUCGGAUUUGUCACUCGACAAUAUUCAUGACAAGCAAAAACAAAUACACAGUUGAAUUUCAGUGCGUAAUUCAGUAGGGUCACUUGGGCAGAGAUGAUGGCAUAAUGUAGCAUUCCAUUGCGCAUAAAUAGGUCCUGACAAUAAGCUCAUAUAAUAUUACCCUCCUUGUCCCAGGCAGCCCCAAACUCGGGAAACCUUUAUUCAUUUGGCAUAUCCCAUGAUGGUCUGUUACUCGGUAAAACUCAUCCAUCUGGCCAUUUUGGCAACACAGUGGACAAAACUCACAAGCGCGGUUCAACUCAUCACUGUGGACACGCUACCCAGUGAUUCACUUUCUGCUAACUGCAUUGCUGCGCUUACAGCAAAUGUCAACUGCGCACGCCAAGUCAAGGGAUUCCUACCUGGAACAUACAAGUCUAUCGAAGUACUUGAAAGAGCGUGCACGAAUGACUGCUCUUUAUCACUUGCAAAAUAUCAGAAAGCUACCGAGGUAGCAUGUGGUGAUGAUGAUUCGUUUCAGAUUAGCGAAAAUCGUGAAGCUCCUGCUUCAUUCAUACCACAGAUUAUGUUCUAUAACUUCAAUAGAACAUGUAUCAAGGACGAAGGAAGGUGGUGCAACAUUGUCCACAAAGGUUUCGCCCAAAAUAAUAUGACCAAUUCAAUAGCUGAAUUGGUAUCGGACAAAGAGACUAAGCCUGUCAGCAACAAAAGUAACUCCUACCAAAACAGCAUGUGGUGGUGUAGGAAAUGAUUUAUAAAGAUCCAUUUCUAACAAGACAUUCAGAACGACAAUUGGCUGUAGAUAUUUGUGACAACUGUGUCAUCAAGCAACUACAAUUUCAAGCCGGAUCUCCCAUCAACGACGGAUUCUUGUUGCAGUCCAAGUACAGUUCUCUCACCGCGAGCUGUUCGAAAACUGGAAUGCCUCUUGGCACUUCGACGACUCCAUUUCCAGUGCAGUGAGUUCUCUCAAUUACGACUAACAUAUCGGACCUGUCUGACUAACAUGCUUAUAGAUCAAUGCCAACAAAUCCAGCAGGAAAUUGUACCGGUCAUUGGUAUACUCUAAAGGCAGGCGAUACGUGCCGGUCUAUUUCUAAGUCUCAGGGUGUAGGUACUGCCUGGCUAUUGUACGACAAUAACCUCGCUGCUUUUUGCGCUGGAUUUCCCACAAGCGGUACGCUUUGCAUCCAGAAUAGAUGCUCUGUUUACACGGUGGAGGUAAAUGACACUUGUCUUGGCAUUGCCGGUGCUAGAAAUCUUAGUCAGGUUCAGGUGAAUACAUGUAAGUUAUUCUAUAAUCGACGCUUCUAUCCAGCAGGAUAAAGGGCAGCAAUCUGAUUUCCGGUUUCCUUAGGGAAUCCUAUACUCGGUGAUUUGUGCCGCUCCAUCAAUCUUUCUGUUGGCGAUUCGAUUUGCGUCUCUCCUCCCGGGCAACCUGACUACACAGUUCCGACCAUGACUACUCCUCCAACAUCGGGACCAUCUACCACAGCUGUGCCUGUCCCAACACCACUAGCACCAGGUACAACGGAUUAUUGUGCACAAUACCACCUGACUGAAAAGGGUGAAUACUGCAACUUGUUGGUCAUCAAGUUCAGUAUAGCACUGGAAGAUUUCCUGUUUCUGAAUCAACACAUUAAUGCCAAGUAAGCCGUGCGAAAUCUUGCACAUAGAAUCAUCUGACAGGUCAUCAUUAUGGUAGCUGCACAAAUUUGUGGGCGGAUACAUACUAUUGCGUUAAGCCAGUAGGUUCAGUAGACCUGUACCCGUCACAUUCCAACUAUGUUCCCACCACAGCAACUUACCCGACUAUUCCCUUUGACAGUCUUCCCAAGGCGACUUUUACAGCGCCUACAAUUACGGGGCUACCGGAAGUUUUGCCUUUAGCAAAAGGUACACGAGCAGACUGCUAUGUGUAUGCAAAUGCAGACUCGCUUAAGUUGACAUUUGAUCUUGCGUCGACCUUCUUCACCUCGGUUUGUGAUGCAAUUGCCAAGGGCUGGUAUAUAAGCCUAGAGGAAUUGGCUAACUGGUGAGGUAUCUUCGUGCUUGAUUCUAUGUAUUUUUUCUGAUGUUGACUCCUCCUCUCCUUAAAAUAUAGGAACCCGUCACUACAAGUCAACUCAACAGACUGUGCCCCCCAAGCUGGCCAAAGAUAUUGUAUGGCGCAAUGGAACGGUGCCAGUUUCACCCAGACUAAGACCAUUACGACAAGUACACCACUUCCCAUCAGGGUAAGUUAGUAUUUUACCCGUCCAUGUCAGACUUUCCAAGACGGCUUUUAAUUGAUAGUACCGCUUCCAGGAUGGCGCGACUUCAGACUGUAAGGAUUAUUCGAGCGUCAUCGCUGGAAUCACUUGUCAGAAUAUACUCGAUCGGAAUGCUAUUACCAUUGAGCAAUUUUACGCAUGGUAAGAACAAACACCAUUCCGUCGAAGAGACAUUAGUGAAAGAAGCCUGACUUGAAAUGUAGGAAUCCUGCCGUAGGGCCGCAGUGCGGAAAUCUCUGGUCGGGUGAGACACACAUUCCUGGAAGAAAUCAUGACUGCAAAGGAAGACUGAUCGAUAUAGGGUACCGAUAUUGCAUCCGCAUCGAUGAUGUUCCUGUUGACCCAGAGGAAUCAACUAGCAGUAGUAUUACCACAAGCAAAUCAAUCAGUACAAGUGAGUGACAAAGUAGUAGAACUUACCUCAAGGGAAAAUUUCCGCUCACUAACAUGCAUGAUUGCUGUCCAGCCUCGUCGGCAACUUCCAGUGCAUCAAGCUCGAGGGCGACCGCACCGGCUCCUACGCAAGAUGGCAUAGCGCCAACCUGUAAUAAAUGGCAUAUAGGUGAUGAAUUCCUCUCACCAGUUGUUUUGCUUGGAGAAUAUUGAAACUAAUCGUGCGUGUCUGUUCAGCUGGAGACGACCUGUUUUGCUACGACAUCUCACUCAAAUAUGGCAUUACGCUGGAACAAUUUUUCGCAUGGUAAAUUGUUUCCUCAUUGAUUAUAAUCAAGCCUGUGCUAAAGUGUAAAAUAUAGGAACCCAGCUGUGAGCACGGAUUGUGGUACUGGAUUCUGGGGUGGAUAUGCAUAUUGUGUUGGGCUUUUUUCGUGAUAUUUAUCAGUUAAAAUGUAUGAACGUUGAU